AUGCUGGCAUAUGGGGUUACUGAAAAUUUUAUGGAUGAAUACAUACGUAUUGGUAAAAGUACUGCAAUUGAGAGCCUUAAAAAAUUCUCUGAGACAAUAGUAAGUAUUUUUUCAGAUGAAUAUUUGCGAUCUCCAAAUGCCAAUGAUAUUGCUCGAUUGCUUGCGGUUGGUGAACAACGGGGAUUCCCAGGAAUGCUGAGAAACAUUGACUGCAUGCAUUGGAAGUGGAAAAAUUGUCCCGCAACUUGGAAAAGUAUGUACUCCUGCCACAUUCGUGAACUAACUAUUAUUUUAGAAGCAGUUGCUUUAUAUGAUUUCUGGAUAUGGCAUGCAUUUUUUGGUAUGCCCGGUUCACAUAACGACUUUAAUGUGCUAGAGAGAUCUUCUAUUUUUACGGAACUUGCCCAAGGGCGUGCUCCUCCAGUCAAUUACACAAUCAAUGGCAACCACUACGAGAUGGGGUAUUAUCUUGCUGAUGGUAUCUAUCCGGGAUAG